AUGUAUACCGGCUUCAACAUCGCUGACUUUGUGCAAAAGGCAUUUGCCAAGGCCACAAUUGAUAUGGAGAUUCAAUCCGUGGCCAGCAUCGGCGAAUACUCGACAGAGUUGGCUUUUGUACAGCUUGGUGUACCACUCCGGGUUGAUCAAUCUCUCAAUAUGCUUCUUCCUGUGCUAGCCAAGCCUAUUGUUCAAAAGAUUAUUGAUGGGGCCGCUCUAAUUAUUCAACGUGUCACGAUCGUUGAUCCACAACCCGAAUCUUUCCAAACACAGUUAGAAGGGUCAAUCACGAACUCAGGUCCCUUUGAUGCUUCCAUUUCGUUUCCCAGUGGUUUGCAAGUGGCAUGGAAUGGUAACGUGCUGGGCCAGAUUAAGAUGCCAGACAUUCAGCUUGCUGCUGAUGAGGGUGCUAAGCUCAAUCUUAUGGCUGACUUUUCCGUGUCCAAUGCGGACGCCUUGACAGAGUUUACCAAGUAUUUGGUCACGAACCCCAGCUUUAUUUGGCAAAUCCAAGGCCAGAACCUAUCUGUAUCUGCGCUUGGUAUCAAAGUUUCAGAUCUGACGAUCUCAAAGACUGUUAUACUUUCGGGUAUGAACAAUCUUAAAAACCGGGUCCAAAUCCUUCGUUAUGAUCUUCCUUCGAAUGACCCUCAAGGUGGCAUUCAUCUUACAGCCACUGCGCUCAUUCAAAAUCCUUCCCAGGUGGGUGUACAACUGUCCCGCUUUGGUGUCAACAUAUUGAACGAUGGUGUGGUUUUGGGCCCAUCUUAUGCUGCAAAGGGCUUCACUCUCAAUGCUGUUUCUACAACGCAGCUUCCCCUAGCAGGCCGACUUGUGCGUCAGUCAGGGCAUGGGCUUGACGUUCUGUCACAAGUGUUUACUGAUGUGGUACAUGGUAAAUCCAUUCCUGUAUCUAUUCGUGGUGCGUAUGGCGGUCCCUCGAAUGUCCAAUGGCUCAACGAGGGUAUCAAGGCCUUGCAAAUUCAGGCUACUCUUCCAGCUGUUCACUUCAAUGUUAUCAAAGCUAUCAACUUAAACCAGCUGACAUUGAUGUUUAGCAAGUCGAAUGCAUGGACUCCCUCCACUAGUUCCAACAACACCCAGGCGCCGUUCUUCCUUCCAUUUGGCUUCCCUAUUGACAUUCGCGAGGCAGGUGGCGAGUUCAUAGAGAACUACCACAACCAGGAUAUUGCCACGCUCAGUAUACCCUUUUCUCAGGCCACAACGGAUGUACAGCAACGUAUCAUGUCCUUACAAUUUUCCAAUGCCCCUAUGUCGGCUAGGUCCAAUGAACACGAUACAUUUGCUGACUUUAUUGCCGACACUACGGCCGGUACCUGUGUCAAGUUUGGUCUCCAUGGCUCGGCAAACGCGAAAGCGAGUACCGCUGCUGGAUACGUGACUAUCCGUGAUAUUCCUUUUUCGGUGGAUACGUCUCUGCUAGGCUUACAGAACCUGAACGCGCGACCUGCUACAGUCUCAGAUCUGGAUGUAUAUCAUGGCUACAAAAGCUACUUGCUGAUUAAAGUGAAUGCACACUUGUACAAUCCGUCCCAUAUCACUGUUGGAACUGGCGACGUAUCUUUCGGUCUGCAAUUUAAAGGUCGUACGAUUGGAAGUGCAGAUAUCGACGAUCUUGUCAUUCAACCUGGUCUUAACACAAUCCCUACGGAUGUACACUAUUCACCACAAGGUUCUCAGAACACUGCGGCGGGUCAGCAACUGCUUGAAAACUAUGUUAUGGGUGUUGUUUCAACUGCGAAUAUCCAAGGGUCUUCUUCUACGACAGAUAUUGCGUCGCUCAAAAAAGCGCUCGCUGGCAUCAGUCUCACGACACAAAUUCCCCCUUUGCACCAACUUUUGAUUACAGAGGCUCGCCUAACGAUUCCUAGGAACAUUGCUAAGACAGCAACUGCUGAAGCAACAUUUCAGCUGGACAACCCAUUUACAGCCUCCAUCAAUCUUAUUAAAGGCUAUUUAUGA